AUGGUAGCCAUGGAAGAAGGUGUGAUCAGACUAUUCUUCUGGUUCUUCGAGUCUCGUUCUGAUCCAGCCCAGGACCCGCUCGUCCUAUGGCUUAAUGGUGGCCCUGGCUGCAGCAGCAUGACAGGACUCUUCCACGAGAAUGGACCAUGCAAGGCUAAUGAUGAUGGAACGGAUACCGAGCUCAACCCGUAUUCUUGGAAUACGCGAGCCAAUCUCCUCUUCGUUGACCAGCCUGCAGGAGUAGGAUUCGCUGAUGGACCACUCGUGACUAAUGGCUCCUUCGAGGCAGCUGACGACUUGUACAUGGCCCUACAGGAAUUCUUUGCUAAACAUAAGCAAUAUAGAGAUAAGGACUUCUACAUUACCGGGGAGUCGUAUGCUGGUAACUCUAUUGUGAGGCGGUGUGCCGGGACGUCAAUCGAACAUUCAGGUCAUUACAUACCCGCCAUAGCUCAUAAAAUAUGGCGAGAAAAUACUCGAGGGACCGAACCUAAUAUUAACCUUCGUGGACUAGCCAUCGGGAAUGGAUGGAUGAAUGCUGCAGUCCAGUAG